AUGGAUUUGAUCUUUUUCUUGAGUACAGUUGAUUCGAAUUCAGAAAUUUUGCUCCUACAAGAUGCAAAUAUGGAAGGGGAGAUUUGGGAUGUGUUCAUGUUUGUGCCUAGACAAUUGCUGCACAACAGCAAAUUUUCACUGUUCAAGUAUUCUGGACAGAGACAUGAAUGCUAUGUAAACGCUAUAGAAAGAAAACCAAAGGGAAGUUGA